AUGGCGACCGAGGGUCCGGAGAUUGAAAUACAGUGCGAGGGCCAAUCAGAGGAGGUGCUGGUAGAUCUCCGCCACGAGGGAAUCAAGAAAAUCAAUAUCUCGAUAGUGUCGGCGAUGGAUCGGCGAAUCUCAGAGUUAUCGGACGCUGGACAGCUUCCGGAUCUGGAUGCGUCCGUGUUCCACGCUUCUGUCCCGCCGUCGCGGGAAUGCGCCGCCACGCAUCUCUUCCUGUCACCGCCGCAGCCACGGGCGACGCUGCCGUCGUCUGUCAUACUAUACCGCUGGGUGAGCGAUGUGACUCAAAGUCUCGCUGAGAAUGCUAACGUCGGCCUGCACGAUGAGUCGCCGCAAUGUACUCGGGUCCCGCUGCUGGAAGACAACGACCUGAUCCCCGUACCCAAAUAUGGCUCAAGAUCUGGGAGGCCCUUCUUCGAAUGGCCCAUCGCCCUCUGGGCGUUUGACCAUGAUCACGUUCGCAUCCAGAUGUGCGAACUGUCUGUCCUCGCGAAGUACUGCUUCGUCGCCCACGAGGAUACCGUUCGGAACAGCUUGUGA